UGCCGCUCGGACGUAGGUUAUAAAGGGGGCCUCCCUCGACAAACUUUCUCAGUUUCUGCAUUUUAUUUUUCGCCCCCGGUGAAUUGUGUCUUUGAGGUUCCGAACGAAAAUACAAAAUGUCUCUCGAACGUGCAGUUAGAGCAAAGAUCGCUUCCAAGCGGAACCCUCAGCAAGAUCAAGAGGCCCAGGAGUGGAUCGAAUCUGUCCUAGGAACCAAAUUCCCAAAGGGUGAAUUGUACGAGGAUGUUUUGAAAGACGGACAGGUCCUAUGCCAGCUCAUAAACAAACUGAAACCUGGAGCCGUGCCAAAAAUCAAUUCAUCCGGUGGACAAUUUAAGAUGAUGGAAAAUAUCAACAAUUUCCAGGCAGCCAUCAAGGCAUACGGAGUGAACGACGUUGACGUGUUCCAGACGGUCGAUCUGUGGGAAAAGAAAGACAUCGCUCAAGUGACCAACACGAUCUUCGCUCUUGGCAGACAGACCUACAAGGACCCAAACUGGAGCGGACCCUACUUGGGACCAAAACCCGCCGACGAGAACAAACGGGACUUCGACGAAGAGACUCUGGCCGCCGGCAAAACGAUCAUCGGUCUCCAGGCUGGUUCAAACAAGGGCGCCACACAAUCCGGCCAAAACAUCGGCGCCUCCCGCAAAAUCCUCCUCGGAAAGUAAAUUCAUCGAUUUUCCUCUUGGUCCCUGGCAUCGAUCGUCCAGCGAGACGCGAAUUUUCACCGCGGGCAGCCGGCCGAGCCUCCAGGCGGCAGCGGCGUUGUAACUAUCCAUUUUAUCAUUUACACAAUACUUUUUAUACCAUUUUUUGUUAACGUUUGUUCAUACUUGACUGUUUGAAACUGUUUAGUGUAUAUCAUGUGUCUUAUCUUCAGUCUCUAAAAUUUAAGUUUAUUUUUUGUAAAUAAAUUUUGGUAAAACGAA